UUGUUUGCAGAACUUUGUCAGUUACCCGAAGAUCCAGGACCAUGUUUCGGUGAGAUUAUCCGAUGGAGAUAUGAUCCGGAACAAAGAGCCUGUGUCACCUUCACCUACACGGGUUGUGGUCACAACGCGAAUUAUUUCACGUCAGAAGAGGCUUGUGAACGUGCAUGUGGAUCGUUUAGAGAGCAAGAUGUUUGUUCGAUGGAUGUCGAAAAAGGAACUUGCCAUUUGCAUUUGACGAAAUGGUAUUACAACAAAGACACUGGUGAAUGUCAUGUGUUCAUGUAUUCGGGUUGUAAGGGUAACGGAAAUCGUUUCUCAUCGAAAGCUGAGUGUGAGCAUUUGUGCCAUAAGGAAACAGCAGUUUCGCAAGAA